AUGGCCAACAAAGCAGCCUAUAUGGAUGGCUUGUAUAAUUUCUUUGUGAUUCAUGACGCCUUCCUCGUAUGGGACAAUGAUGAUGGCAAUAUCGUAGGUCAGGAUAAGGACUUUGUGGAUCGCUACUCGUUACCCAUUCGAACAAGCCCCUCUGAAAAUCUUGCCUCCGCAAGGGCUAAACGUUACAAACUGACGGGUCCGGGAUACUCGUACUUGAACGUGGAGGUGAAAGUGUUUUGCGACGUAAAUUAUUUCAUACCAGACUGUUCCACAUACUGUGUGCCACGAGAUGACAACAGUGGACAUUACAUCUGUGAUUAUAUACAAGGCCGCAGAGUGUGUCUGUCUGGAUGGUUUGGUAGUGACUGUCUCACUUACUGUGUGGCCAGGAAUGACACUUUGGGGCAUUACAGUUGCGAUGCAAAUGGGCAAAAACAAUGUUUAAGCAACUGGAAUGGGCAGGACUGCUUGGUUUAUUGCAAGCCCAGGAACAGCACUUUAGGACAUUACAGUUGCGAUGCAAAUGGGCAAAGGCAAUGUUUAAAAAACUGGUAUGGGCAGGACUGCUCGAUUUACUGCAAGUCCAGGAAUGACACGCAAGGACAUUACAUAUGCGACAGUACUGGAAAUAUUGAUUGCUUACCAAGGUGGAGAGGGAAAAAUUGCACCGAAGGUGAGAUAGGAAAGCACAACACGGGUGACUUCACUGAAUUUCCUUACUGUGCAACUGGCCUUCUCCUGCCCAAAACGUUCUUUGCCCGUUGACCAAGAGCAAGUAACUAACCAUUUUGCCUCUACAUUAGGUAACGUUAAUGAUGGCAGACCCUCGGAGCAGCGGUUUCCAAUACGUUGAAGGGCUUAAAGUACAAAAUGAAUUUGCAGUGUACUGUUGUUUUCAUGGAAAUCUUUUAGGUGGCUAAUUUCCACUCCC